GGGUAUAAAUAUAUCUGAAUGUCUGAUGGCUAAUUCACUAUCGUUUUAGUUAUCAUUUGGGUGUUCACAUCUUCAAAUGGAUAAUUCGAGUGUAUUAAUUCUCGUUUGUCUCACGGCUGUUUGUCUCGGCAACAUCAUAAAAAGGGAAGCUCCUGCAUCCAGCGGAGGUGGAUAUUCUCCACCAGCAACAAGCUACGGGGUCCCAAACUUGCCUUCUUCCCAAUAUGGCGCACCGUCUAGCGGCGGCGGACGUGGAAAUGGCGGAGGUGGAGGUGGCGGUGCGCCACCCUCUCAGUCUUACGGAGCUCCAAGUCAACCGCCGUCGGAUAGCUACGGCGCACCUCCAUCGCAAAACGCACCCUCGAGUAAUUACGGUCCACCAUCGUCCUCAUACGAUGCACCCAUGGGACCACCUGUCCCAAGCUACGACGUCCCAUCGCAGCCACCAUCUUCCUACGGUCCCCCGCCUUCCGGAGGUAGUGGAUGCUCAAGUGGGAAAAAGAAGCAGAAAUGCAAAAAGAUGAAGUCAAAAGGACAGAAAAUGAAAGGACAAAAAAUGAAAGGACAGAAAGCAAAAGGACAAAAGAAAGGAAAGGGACAACAAACAAACCAAGCGUACGGAACAAAAUAA